AUGGCUGAUAACACCACACCAGUGAAAGACAAGAAACAAACUGAAAAUAGCCUCUCAGAGGCAGAAAAGUUUCUCGAGUCCUUGAAUCUACCUGAUUCUCAAACUCAAGAAACAGACGAACCAGAAACAAAGACGGAUCCCAACGAUAUCAUGUCUUUCUUGGAUGAAAUCUCCAACUACCCUACUGAGGACGAUGCAGCCACUGAUGAUAAGAAAAAAGACACCAAACCAGCAGAGACAACGCCAUCCACCACUGCAGCAGAGAAACCAGUACAACAACCCGCACAAGAACAACAGAAACCACUAGCACCACCACAAGCACAGGAACAGGAAGGCGGCUGGAAAUCAUGGGGCAAUAGUUUUUGGAGCCAGGCAAGUGCAGCUGUAAAGACCACCACAGAACAGAUCAAUCGCUCUGUUGCAUCUGAUUCUGCUACCAAGUUACUUGAAAGUCGUGUCAAGACACUGCAAAAUCUGGUCAACAAGGAAAACAUUGAGAAAUUAGGCACAGGACUCAAGAAUCUGACAACCACAUUACUAGAGACAGUAGCUCCACCUAUUUCAGAGCACGAAUUAGUGGAAGUCUGGUUAGCCUAUGAUAUGGUUGGCUACACUGGAUUAGAGGCGUUGGUGUACCGUGCAUUUGCUCGAGUGAUGGAACACACAGAAUCAGGACAAGUGGUGGUGCGUAAUCCCAACAGUGAUGAUAGUGUGAACAAGGAAGAUAUGGACCCAGCUCACCGUGAUUUGAAUAUGUGUGAUUCCACCGUCGAUGGCACGAAGCUUGCCAAAGCAAACAUUGAUCAUUUGAUCAAACAACAUUUUGUGCCUGACGAAAAGAAGCAAGGAGAAACCUAUAACCCUCAGUCUGGCGCUGUUCCAGUCAUUCACUGCCCUGUGUUCAUGGCAAUUCAACCUGUAAAGAUGACUAUGGCACCUAUUGAUGAAGAAGACACUGAACAACAUCAACUUGGCUUUAUUAUUCUCAUGGUAGAUCCUACCCAUCACCUCAAAUUCAAGACCUAUUCUCAAUCAUUGCCUCUGAGUUGGUUGGAUAUCCCCUAUGAAGAAAAUGAAUGGGUGGAGGAUAAGAUGGUGGAUAUCAUUCGCAUGUCUGUUACUUCAAUUGCUCAGGAUUAUGUUUGGACUCGUAUGUCUGGUAAUGCGACUGCAGCUGCACCAGCAGAGGCAGCAGCAAAGGAGAGUGAUCAAGUACAAGACGUCUAA